AUGUCUCCCGUGAGUGUGGCUGAAGUGAAUUCUAUGUCUAAUGACCAGUUCGAGUGGGUGUUCGGGAAUGUCAUAGAGCUAUGUAAAGACGCCGCGGUGAGAGUAAAGAAAAAACGUCCGUUCAACGGAUUAACCGACCUUUGUGCUGCGUUCCACAAAUAUUUGGACGAUCUCAGUGUUGAGGAAAAACAAGUAAUAUUAAAGUCUCACCCAGACUUAGCUGGACGUCUUGCAACCUUGGGGGAGCUUACCAAAGAGUCUACGGAGGAGCAGAAAAGUGCUGGCUUGGAUAAGCUAACUUCGGAACAAAAAUCCAUUGUCAGCACUUACAAUGAAAGGUACAAACUAAAAUUUGGUUUUCCAUUUAUAAUCUGUGCAAGAGAAAAUAAAAUACAAUCAAUAAUUGAGGGAUUGGAAAGUCGCAUACUAAAUACUACAGAUCAAGAAAUUACAACUGGAAUAAAUGAAGUAAAGAAAAUUUGCAAACUAAGAAUACUUGAUAUUGUUAAGGAAUAA